ACGAGAGAGCAAUGUCGAAGAUACCCCUGUUCCUCACGCUGCUGUGCGCUGGCGUGCUCGCGUCGGUGCGGGAGCAGCAAGACACGAAGCAACAGAAACGAGGUAUCAUCGGUAACGACGGAUGGGUCGGUCUAUCGAGUCCUUACGGGUACGGACAUGGACACCCGUGGACCGUCGACCACACGCCGUGGAGAGGACUCAAACUGCCAGAGGUCAACCUGCACUCCGGGUUGCAUUUGGCGGGUGCGCUUCCUGCUUACGGUAGAGGCGGUAUCGCCCUGACACCUGGGAUCGUGAAGACCCUCCCAGUUUACAUAACGAAGCACGUGGUGUUGGAAAAGCCAGUACCAGUCCCUGAACCGGUGAUCAUAGAGAAACCAUAUCACGUGCCGGUGGAGAAGGUGAUACCGGUACCGAUCGAGAAGAUCAUUCACAAACCGGUCCCUGUCCCGAUACCGGUGCCUCAGGCAGUGCCAAUUCCUGUGGAGCAUCCUGUGCCGUUCCCGGUGAAGCAUCCCGUCGCGGUACCAGUGCAGCAGCCGUAUCCAGUGGCGGUGAAGCAUCCGGUGCCAGUGCCGGUGCCAGUGCCAAUUCCGGUUCCGGUGCAUCCGCCGCCUCUGUUCGCCGCCGGCGGGCUGGCUGGCGCCAUCUACAGCCGCGGCUAUGCACCCGGUCACCUUUUCGCGCCUCUGCACCUUCACCCAUCCGUGCACUUGCACGGCCACGGCGUCGCGGCUCUCUCCCAUGGCUUCGGCCAUGGGAUUGGUCAUAUGUUAGCGCACGGUUACGGCCACGGCUAUGGCUAUAAUCCCUCGUAUCACGACGCCCACGUCGACCAUCUUGUUCACGCGCACAAUCACAAGAAGCGGAAAACUGAUAAGAAUUAG